GGCCCGGGCGCGGGGGAGGCCGCCGACCCAAGCCGGCUCCCUCCGCCCCGCUAAGCCCGCACGUCCGCCGGUGAAUCAAAGAGGGACCCGGGAAACCUGUGAAUGUGGAAGAAAAUUCAUCUGUGAAUUUUUUUUUAUAUUCAAGAAGGAGUCAGUAUUUAUAUUCAUCUUUUAAACUGGGAAGAUUUAUAUUUUAUUUUAAAACUUCUUGGUAUUUACAAUGAAUGGACACAGUGAUGAAGAAAGUGUUAGAAAUAGUAGCAGAGAAUCAAGCCAGUCGGAUGACGAUUCUGGGUCACCUUCAGGCUCUGGAUCUGGUUCAAGUUCUGGAAGCAGUAGUGAUGGAAGCAGUAGCCAGUCAGGUAGCAGUGACUCCGACUCUGGAUCUGAAUCAGGCAGUCAGUCAGAGUCUGAGUCAGACACUUCCCGAGAAAACAAAGUUCAAGCAAAACCACCGAAAGUUGAUGGAGCUGAGUUUUGGAAAUCUAGUCCUAGUAUUCUGGCCGUUCAGAGAUCUGCAAUGCUCAAGAAGCAGCAACAGCAGCAACAGCAGCAACGUCAAGCUUCAUCUAAUAGUGGAUCAGAAGAGAAUUACAUGGAAGGUCUUAUGCUUUUGUUUUCAGCUACUGGUGCUACUACAACCAUCUAUGCAGUUGAAGCAGAUGGUGACCCAAAUGCAGGGUUUGAAAAAAACAAGGAACCAGGAGAGAUCCAGUAUUUAAUUAAAUGGAAAGGAUGGUCACAUAUUCACAACACUUGGGAAACUGAAGAAACCCUUAAGCAGCAGAAUGUUAGAGGAAUGAAAAAGUUGGAUAAUUAUAAGAAAAAAGAUCAGGAAACAAAAAGAUGGUUGAAAAAUGCUUCUCCAGAAGAUGUGGAAUAUUAUAAUUGCCAGCAAGAACUUACGGAUGAUCUACAUAAACAAUAUCAAAUAGUGGAACGUAUAAUUGCUCAUUCCAAUCAAAAGUCAGCGGCUGGUUAUCCUGAUUAUUAUUGCAAAUGGCAGGGCCUUCCAUACUCAGAAUGUAGCUGGGAAGAUGGAGCUCUCAUUUCCAAGAAAUUUCAAGCGUGCAUUGAUGAAUAUUUUAGCAGGAACCAAUCAAAAACCACUCCUUUUAAAGAUUGCAAAGUAUUAAAACAAAGGCCAAGAUUUGUAGCCUUGAAGAAGCAACCAUCCUAUAUUGGAGGACAUGAGGGUUUAGAAUUAAGAGAUUAUCAACUAAAUGGUUUAAAUUGGCUUGCUCAUUCUUGGUGCAAGGGAAAUAGUUGCAUACUUGCCGAUGAAAUGGGCCUUGGAAAAACAAUUCAGACGAUCUCAUUUCUGAACUAUUUGUUUCAUGAACAUCAAUUAUAUGGACCUUUUCUAUUAGUAGUACCACUCUCUACUCUCACUUCCUGGCAAAGGGAGAUUCAAACAUGGGCUUCUCAAAUGAAUGCUGUGGUUUAUUUAGGUGACAUUAACAGCAGAAACAUGAUAAGAACUCAUGAAUGGAUGCAUCCCCAGACCAAACGAUUAAAAUUUAAUAUAUUGUUAACAACUUACGAAAUUUUAUUGAAGGAUAAGGCAUUCCUUGGAGGUCUGAAUUGGGCAUUUAUAGGUGUUGAUGAAGCACACCGAUUAAAGAAUGAUGACUCUCUUCUGUAUAAGACCCUAAUAGAUUUUAAAUCCAAUCACCGUCUCCUUAUCACUGGAACUCCUCUACAAAACUCCCUCAAAGAACUCUGGUCUUUGCUACAUUUCAUUAUGCCAGAAAAGUUUUCUUCCUGGGAAGAUUUUGAAGAAGAACAUGGCAAAGGGAGAGAAUAUGGUUAUGCAAGCCUCCACAAGGAGCUUGAGCCAUUUUUGUUACGCCGAGUUAAGAAAGAUGUGGAAAAAUCUCUUCCUGCCAAGGUUGAGCAGAUUUUAAGAAUGGAAAUGAGUGCUUUACAGAAACAAUAUUACAAAUAUUAUACUGUUACCGUUGCUAACUUUUCAAAUAUGGAUGAAGAUGACAUUGAGUUGGAACCUGAAAGAAAUUCAAAGAAUUGGGAGGAAAUCAUUCCAGAAGAUCAGAGAAGACGAUUAGAAGAAGAAGAGAGACAAAAAGAACUUGAAGAAAUAUAUAUGCUCCCAAGAAUGAGAAAUUGUGCAAAACAGAUUAGUUUCAAUGGAAGUGAAGGGAGGCGCAGUAGAAGUAGGAGAUAUUCCGGAUCUGAUAGUGAUUCUAUCUCAGAAAGGAAAAGGCCAAAGAAACGGGGAAGACCACGGACCAUCCCUCGGGAGAAUAUUAAAGGAUUUAGUGAUGCAGAAAUUAGGCGAUUAGAUGCAAUUGCUCGAGAUGCUGAAUUAGUUGAUAAGUCAGAAACAGACCUUAGACGACUAGGAGAAUUGGUACAUAAUGGUUGUAUUAAAGCUUUAAAGGAUAGUUCUUCAGGAACAGAACGAACAGGUGGUAGACUUGGAAAAGUAAAGGGUCCAACAUUCCGAAUAUCAGGAGUACAAGUGAAUGCCAAGCUAGUCAUCGCCCAUGAAGAGGAAUUAAUACCUUUGCACAAAUCCAUUCCUUCAGAUCCAGAAGAAAGAAAGCAGUAUACUAUCCCAUGUCAUACGAAGGCAGCUCAUUUUGAUAUAGACUGGGGCAAAGAAGAUGAUUCCAAUUUGUUAAUUGGUAUCUAUGAAUAUGGAUAUGGAAGCUGGGAAAUGAUUAAAAUGGAUCCUGACCUCAGUCUAACACACAAGAUUCUUCCAGACGAUCCUGAUAAAAAGCCACAAGCAAAACAGUUGCAGACACGUGCAGACUACCUCAUCAAAUUACUUAGUAAAGAUCUUGCAAGAAAAGAAGCUCAGAGACUUUCUGGUGCGGGAGGUUCAAAGAGAAGAAAAGCAAGAGCUAAGAAGAAUAAAGCAAUGAAGUCUAUAAAAAUAAAAGAGGAAAUAAAGAGUGAUUCUUCUCUGCCUUCAGAUAAGUCCGAUGAAGAUGAUGAUAAGUUGAGCGAAUCCAAGUCUGAUAGUAAGGAAAGAUCUAAGAAGUCUUUAAUGUCAGAUGCUCCAGUUCAUAUCACUGCAAGUAGUGAACCAGUUCCCAUAUCUGAAGAAUCUGAAGAGUUGGAUCAGAAGACAUUCAGUAUUAUACAUAUGAGAAUGAAUCUUCUUAGACUUUGUUCCAGAGAGGGCCAUAUUUGUGUGUUUCUGUAUGGAGAGGAGAGAGGUUUCAUGAAAAAGCUAAAUAUUCUCCAAACUAAUUUGCCAUUUUUUUCUUCUAGAAACCUGUGGAUUUUUGUAUCUAAGUUUACUGAGUUUGAUGCAAGAAAAUUACAUAAAUUAUAUAAGCAUGCUAUUAAAAAACGGCAGGAAUCUCAGCAAAACAGUGAUCAGAACAGCAACUUGAAUGCUCAUGUGAUUAGAAAUGCAGAUGUGGAAAGAUUAAAAGAGAAUACAAAUCAUGAUGAUAGCAGCAGGGAUAGUUAUUCCUCUGAUAGACACUUAUCUCAGUACCAUGAUCAUCAUAAAGACCGACAUCAGGGAGAUUCUUAUAAAAAGAGUGAUUCCAGGAAACGACCCUAUUCUUCUUUUAGUAAUGGUAAAGAUCAUCGUGAUUGGGAUCACCACAAGCAAGACAGCAGAUAUUACAGUGACAGAGAAAAACACAGAAAACUGGAUGAUCACAGGAGUAGAGACCACAGGUCAAAUUUGGAAGGAAGUUUAAAAGAUAGAUCUCAUUCUGAUCAUCGUUCUCAUUCAGAUCAUCGGUUGCAUUCAGACCACCGGUCAAGCUCUGAAUAUACACACCAUAAAUCUUCCAGGGAUUAUAGGUAUCACUCAGAUUGGCAAAUGGACCACAGAGCUUCCAGUAGUGGCCCUAGGUCACCACUAGAUCAGAGGUCUCCUUAUGGCUCCAGAUCUCCAUUUGAACAUUCAGUUGAACACAAAAGUACACCUGAGCAUACCUGGAGUAGUCGGAAAACAUAACAAAAACUGAUACUUUGUCUUUCUGGACUUUUCUUUUAGCCAUAUAUCAUAAACCAACACAGUAAUUGCCUUACAUGACUUGAAAGAUAUAAACAGAUCUUCUAUCAGUAGCAGUAUUGUUACUUCUUUCCAGGAUGCAAGGUCUAUUAUCCCAACAGAAGAGAAAAUAUUUUUAUAUUUAAGGAUUAUGCUGCACUGUGCUACAAAUAUUGUAGUACUUUUUUUUUUUCUUUUUUAAAGAAAUGGAAAAUGUUUACUAUUACAGGGACCUCAACACUGCCCUCCCAUAUAGGCUGGAUAAAACUGUUUUUUAAGUCAGUAAUUUUAGACUGACCUCCAUUUAAAUUAUGUUUAUAUAUGAACUUUACUCUGACCUGUGAUCAUGUUUCAGGAAGGAAUGAAAGAGAGUUCUUUCUUAAUAAAGAAAAACACUCAAGGACUUUGUUCACUUUCCAAAGCUACUUGUUUACAUUGUACACUGCGACCACCUUGCCGCUUUUCAUCACAAGCUUGAAUAUUUAAAUUCUGUACUUAUAUCUGUAAAAUAGCCAGGAAUUUCCUGUUUGUGAUCUAUUAUUAUGCCUUUUUACAAAAGAAAAAAAUGGCUGUAAAUUAUUGUAAAUGGAUUAAAUGAACUUUCCUUA